GAGUCUCUUAUUACUCGUCAUUUCUUGCUUUUUGAAUUCAGAUAUUUUGGCAGAAGCUGAUCGCUCAUUUAAUAUCGUCUCUAGUUUCACUUAAUCUCACCAUUUGAGAUGGGUUAUUCAGAGAUACCUUGUCAAAUCUGUGGCGUCAGCUUUAAUAUAGGACGAUACCGGACUCCAGAUGAAAUCGAAGACGAAAGUGCUUCCUGGUAUAAUGCGGAUGGAGGGUAUGUUGCGGGGGAUGAAAAUUGUGGUACCGAUUAUGGAUGUUUGUUCUAUCGUACAACACCGAUUUCAGAACAAAAUGGAGAACUCAAUAGACAGAACAAUCGACCUUUCUAUGAAGAUAACACUCCCAGGGUUGAGGAUGAUAGUUUGUCGUAUUCCUAUGAAAGUGCAUCGGAUGAUGAACCCUUGGAGUAUGGUUCAGAUGCAGAUGAGACUUCCUUCGAAGAUCAUAUCACGGAAGCAUUCUCAAUGCAGGAAAACAGCCAGAACAUCCAAGCUAGCAGCGAAAUAGAAACAGAUGACGACAACGUUGAUGGCAGUUUCGACUUAGAUGAGGAAAAAAAGCUAUAUCACGAAUGGCUAUCAGGAUUUGAUCAACACAAGUUGAUAAAUCCCCCGAAAGUCGAGAAGAUCAUGAUCACUGAAGAAGAAGCACGAGAUAUGCAGUGGGAAAACAAUUUUACACAUUUAUCAGGUCCAAAAUGCUCGGGAGGUAAAGCAUACAAUGGCAAUUUCAUCACUGCUCAAGAAAUGAGAGGGUGUACCACAGCACAAUGUCUCGUUUACAAAGAUGAGAACUGGAGUCCUAGCCCUGAUGACGAAAGUUUCGAACUUGAGGGGGAUGUCUUUCUUUCCGGUCUUGGUGAUCAGGUACCUUCACGGGACAUGGGUGACGUGGAGUUAACGCCAGUCCGUCAUGGACUUGACAACCAUGUAGCCGCAGAUACUGUCAUUUGGGAAUUGCCUCCAAAUACCCGGGAAGUGGCAAUGCCAUUCCAUCCAACGUGUCUCGAGGUCUAUAAACAUGCAUCGCGGCUUAGUUUCAAUCAGACUUCUAUUCAAGAUCUAAUGAAGUGGCGCGAUGAAGAGUCCAGCUACGAAUAUACCACCCAAUUCCCACACGACCGAGUUGUCAGUGACUGCAGUGAACAAUGGUGGAACCAUAUUUUCGGCACAGAAUGGCUCGCUGCAAAUCCUGUCUUCAUACCAGCUUUACCCUCUAUUGUUUAUUCAGCAAAAUCAACAAACCCCCAUUUCUCCCUCAGCUCUCCAGCCUUCCCUGUUCAUUCUCCGAGACCUCGUCCCCAACGAUCCCGACGUAAUCAUUCUCCCGAUCCAUUCCUCAAUCUGUCGCAAGAACUUCAAGAUGAGAUUGUAUCCUAUCUUCCAUCCAAAGAUAUUGCUUCCGCGCGUCUUGCAUCUAGGGCUUUUACUCAACUUUCUCAGAUGUUCUUCUACAAACUUGUUAUUUCUGAAAUGCCUUGGCUGUGGGAAAUAUACGAUUCCACACCCCCAUCUUUCUGGACUACGAUCUCUGCGGCGGAUCUCAAGUCUCGUGAAGAAAGACGGAAAGAGCAUAAUGAACAAUUAAUGGCAUUGCGUCCACAUAUUUUCGAAGAAAUGCGUGAGUUUUACGAUGAAUGGAAAGCUGCCGAGCCGGUGUUUGAUGAGAGUAUUGAAGGGGCGUUGAAGACAGGCUUUGAGGAUGGGAUUGAUACGAAGAACUUGGAUUGGUAUCAAUUGUAUUUGGGAAUUACUAGAGGAUUCAAGGAGGGAAGAUUGAAAGGGUUGCAAAACAGAAAGAGGAUUUGGAAGGAUGUAGAGGAAAUUAUAAGAAGAAUAAAGAAGUAUAAGGAAAUUGGAUGGGUUGUCGCUGAGCGAGAUCAAUAACUGGUUUAACAGAUUCGGAGGUGCGAUGUAUAUCAAAUAUUUGGUGGUCUGUCUAUUCGCAGGAGAAAAAACAGGCGGAAUUUGACCCUAAGAAUGAGUACGUGCACCCUCACCUAAAUAACGCAGAUCACAUUGGUCAAAUUCCGCCUGUUUUUUCUCCUGCGAAUAGUCUGUAUAAUAUCGAACGACAGACGUGGUUUUCGAUUCCUCAAGAGAUCAGUACCUUGUUCAUCGAUGGAGAUUCACAGGGAAAAACAAUCAUAGAUCCAAGAUAUAGCUCAAGUUGUGUUUCGCCGAAUUUAGUAUUCUUGAACUUUCCAUAGAAUAGAAAGUGACUCACGCCAUCUUUUACAAAACAAAGCAUUUAGGAAGAUGGGCCGGGCAUUAUGAAGAUAGUGAAGAGACAUAAGGAGAUGUGGUUGGAGAGAGAUUUGUGAUACUUUGAACUUGGGAAUACAAAGGGAAUGUGAUGUACUGCCCAAAAGGGCACAAUCUGAGACAAUUGACACACUAAAAAAAUAACACUACUUUCA